AUGUCAAUUGACACAAAAUAAUUCCACAUAUUCACUAAGAAAAAUUCUAGAGCAAAUACUUGUAUUUAAUAGCUCAGUUACACUUCUGAUUAUUCUAUUAAUCAUUAAAAACAGAAAAAACCUUAACAACCUUAAACAGCCAUUAAAAGAAAUAAAAGAAUUUUACCUAUACAUAUUCCAUUAUGUCCUUCUAAUCCUUUUGGUCCACCUAUUACUGCAUAGAGUUGGUGUAUUAUAAAUGGAAAAGAUGGAUCUAUGUUAGCUGGUUAUAAUGAAAAACUUAAAAGUUAAAUAGCAUCCAUAACUAAAAUUAUGACUUGUUGGUUAUCUCUUAAAUUCAUUUCAUUAAUAUCUUUAGAUUUAGAUAAUACUUAUUUUACAGUACCAGAAGCAGUAUUAAACUAUUUAUAUAUAGGCAGAAAUAAUAGGUGGUACUUCUGCAUAAUUAUAAAAUGGAGAUUAAUUAAAUAUAAGAGAUCUUCUUUAUGGGCUUAUGCUUCCUUCAGGAAAUGAUGCUGCCAUUACAUUAAAAUACAAUUUUGAAUAAAAUAUAGGAAUCAAUUUUAUAGAUGAAAUGAAUAAUUGUGCAAAAGAAUUUGGUCUAAAAUCAACUUAAUAUAUGAAUCCACAUGGUAUUAUUAUUAUAAUAUUAAUUAGGUUUAUAUCAUAAAUUUAAUUAUUCUUCUGCUUUAGAUAUUGGAAUUUUAUGUUAUUAAACAUUAUAAAAUGAAAAUUUUGCUAAUAUUGUUAAAACUAAAAUAUAUUUUAGUGAAAUAAUAGAUAAAUUUGGUAACAUUAAAGAAAUAAUUUGGGAAAAUACAAAUAAAUUAUUAGAUAAUGGAUUUUAAGGAGUUAAAACAGGUCAAACAAAAGAAGCUGGACCUUGUGUUGUAGAAUAUUAUUAGGAUAAUAAUAAUUCAUAUAUAAUUGUAUUAUUAAAUUGUAAAUCUACUGAUUAAAGAUGGGAUGAUACAAUUAAAUUAUUAGAAUGGAUAAAAUAAUGA